CGCCUUUUAUAGUAUCAAGAACUAAUCAGCGCAUAUUAAAGGGAUGUCCAUAGAAUAGCUAAGAUCCUGCACAGGGGAUGGCCUUUCUGAGGUUCCGGCCUCUCCUCGAUAGCUAAUCGAUAAGGGAGGAAAGAUGCCUCGGCUAUGCAGCAAACCGGACAGCCUUGGAUGGACGUCUCUAGAAUGAAGACGGUGAAUCAACAUCCAACUAUUGCACCAAGGGCCUUGAAAACUUGCGAUGGUUUCCAGUGAGGAUUUGACAACGUUUGCAGAAGCAACGGCCGUAAAGGCAUUGUCUUCACAUGAGUACGAAGCGUACUUUCCUCGUGAUUGGUGUAUUGGCGCAGUUCCACAUGGCGGAUUUGUCACUGCCGUCUUUCUGCAAGUCGCUUCGACUCACUUCAACACAACCCUCUCUUCUCAAAAUCAACCCCACACAAUCGCGCUGCACCUCGACUUCCUAAAGCGCACUGAAUCCGGCCCCGCAAAGUUCACAGUCAGGGACACGAAACUCGGGAGACAGGCCUCUGUCAUUCAUAUCAGUCUCACUCAAGACGGACGAGAAGAAGUAGUUGGCUACCUCACAAACUCGAACCUAAAGACCGAAGCGGGAGUCACAUUCAAGUCAAGCUAUGCGCUCAAACCUCCCCCUCUCCCCGUCAACUUUUCUCUUAUCAAGCAAGCCAAAGACGAGAACUGGGCACCGAUACCCGAAAUGCCGUUCGCCUCGUUCAGGGGAGCGACGAGGAAAACACAGUUCUUCUUCCCUCGACAAGGACAAAGGCCAGGCAAUUCUGCCGAUGAAUGGAUACGCUUACAAAAUAGCGAGAAGUGGACCAAUACCUCGAUCGGCUACGUGUGCGACAUGUGGCCCAUGCCCGUUGAGGCGUUCUUGCAUGAGCAGAACCCAUAUGAUGUGAGCACCAUAGAGGGCGGUAAGGACAACAAGCCAGCGAGAUUCUGGUAUCCAACCUUGCUGUUGAAUUUGGAUGUUAAGAAGGCGUUACCAGAAGAGGGGGUAGAGUGGUUGUUUGUGAGGGUUGAGGCGAAGCAGAUUAAGAAUGGGAGGAUGGAUCUGGAGGUUGUGAUUAUGGAUGAGGGGGGUGAGUUGGUGGCGCUGUCGCAUCAUGUUGCUUUUGCGUUAGACGUCUCGAGGAAUACUGCAAAGAGGAAGACGGGAUCGAGUAAGAUAUAGAUCAUAGAUUUAGUCAAAUUCAAUUGCUGGUACUGCGAAC